AUGGAUCUUGUUCAAUCUUCCAACUCCGGAGUCAAAAUCACUAAGACGAUGCAAGUUGAUUCCAAUAAAGGAACCACGAAAUUGGAAUGCAAAAAGAAUGCUCAUGAAUCCGAGACAACGCAAGAGAACAAAACGACUGAGGUGACAAUAGAUGUUAAUGCUCGGUUCAGGCCAUUAAUCAAGGUUGUACAGGAGCGUAAUUGGAUGAUUUUAAAAUAUUUGGUAGAUAGCACACCUGGGGCCUUGACUGAAACUGUUUCAGAAUUUGGGGAUACCAUUUUUCACAUAAUUAAUGUAUCAGAUGCCCCCACUUUGCUUAUAAAGAAGCUUGCAUUCAAGAUCACUGCAGAAGAACUUCAAAAUUUGAGAGGAGAUCUUGGCUUAUCCGUUAUGUUCCACGCUACUAUUCUUGGCUAUACAAACGUUGUAAAAGUUUUUGUCCAGAGGCACACAGAAUUUCCAAACAUAAGGAACGGAGAGGGUUAUCUUCCAAUUCAUGAAGCAGCAGAAGCAGGCUACAAGGGAAUAAUUCAAUAUCUUUUGUCAGAAACAACAGUAAGUUUGGAUGACGAUAAAAGUGUUAAACUGAUUAAAGAUCUUCUCAGUUCUGGUCACUAUAGUGCUCUGCGACAAACGAUCUGGCAUGUCCUUAUGCUGCUAGUCCCAGACAUCAAAAACAUUCGCGAUAUAAAGUUGACACAUAUGCAAACCCUUGACAUUGUUAGAAUCUUGUGUCAUGGUAAUGACGUUAUGUGGAAUUCCACAGAGGCCCUUGAAACUUUCUGGCCGGCAUUUCCUGAAGCUGCAAAACUUCGGAUUUGCGAGACUGUCAAUGAAAUUUUGAAUGCUUAUUUCUAUGCUUAUACCUUCCGCUACACAGAUAAUAAUUACGAUCUACUUCAUAUGGCAAUUUUACAUCGCCAAGAAAAGAUUUUUAAAUUUCUAAAAGAAAGGAAUGUGUCUGAACCAACCUGGAAAGCGGCCAACAAGGGAGGAAAAACUGACAACCUUUUGCAUUUGGCUGGAAAGUGGGCAGCUUCAAGUCAAGUCUCUAGUGCAGCAUUGCAAAUGCAGAGAGAAUUACAAUGGUUCGAGGCUGUGAAAAGUUAUGUCCAUCCAUCUCUUCAAGAGCAACAAAAUAUGGAUGAUAAAACUCCGAGAAAAGUCUUUAUCGAAGGACACAAGGAAUUGGUUAAACAAGGUGAAAAAUGGAUGAAGGGAACCGCUACAUCAUGCAGUGUUGUAGCCGCAUUGAUAAUAACUGGAGUUUUUACAACAGUUUUCACCGUACCAGGUGGUAACAAUAAUGAUGGGAUACUCAAUUUCUUGCAUGACAUAGCUUUUAUAGUCUUUGUUAUAUCAGAUGCACUUGCACUAUUUUCUUCCACAGCUUCAGUUUUGAUGUUCUUGGCAAUCCUCACUUCACGAUACUCAGAAGACGACUUUUUGAUAUCAUUGCCAAGGAAGUUAAUCAUCGGCCUUAUCACGCUAUUCUUUUCUAUUACAAGCAUGAUGGUAGCAUUUGGUGCUACCGUUUACACAUUUCUUUCUCAUUCAUGGAAUUGGACUGUCAUUCCAAUUUCACUAUUCGGAUGCCUUCCAGUGACCUUAUUUGUCAUAUUGCAAUUUCCUUUAUUGGUUGAAAUUUUCCUUUCCACUUAUAGACCAAGCAUUCCCAUAACCCCAAAUAAAUAA